CUGUGGUGCCUGCGUGGUAUGACUCGUGUCGUAGCUAGGAAAGCCCAUCGGAAGUGCAAAUGCAACACCAUGAACGCAAAUCUCCCGCUUAUUGCAGCGUUUAUCAAUUUUAUCGUCCUUUGCUUGGCAGACACACUCAGCCCCGAGAUGCAAAUGUACUGGGAAAACCACAUGGUGCAGCCGUACUUCGAUAACACGACCAAGCGCGAGGUAACGGCCAUCGCUGGCCAAACCUGCCAGCUGCACUGUCGCGUAAAGAGUCUCGGCGAUAGAGCGGUAUCGUGGAUUCGCAAGCGUGAUCUACACAUACUGACGGUGGGGAUUCUUACGUACACCAAUGACCAGCGGUUCCAGUCGCUGCACACAGACGGAAGCGACGAGUGGACGCUACGGAUAACGUCGCCGCAGGCCCGCGAUUCCGGUGUGUACGAGUGUCAGGUGUCAACCGAGCCGAAGAUCAGUCAAGCAUUUCGAGUGAAUGUUGUCGUCUCGAAGGCCAACAUUCUGGGCAACUCGGAGCUAUUCGUUAAGAGCGGUAGCGACAUCAAUCUGACCUGCGAGGCGCUACAAUCGCCUCAGCCCCCAUCCUUCAUCUACUGGUACAAAGGUGGCCGGGUAAUCAACUACUCGCAGCGCGGUGGUAUUAGUGUCCUGACGGAGCAACAGACCCGUACCAGCCGGCUGGUCAUAUCGCGAGCAUCUCCGUCCGACUCCGGGAAUUAUACCUGCGCACCGAGUAACUCCGAUUCGGCUAGCGUGGUGGUGCACGUCAUCAAAGGAGAGCAUCCGGCCGCGAUGCAACACGGAAUAAAUGGCGCUAACGUGGCUCAUUCAUCAACAUAUACAGUUAUGGUGAUCAUAUCGGUCUGGUUCCAGCUUCUUCUACUUGCACGGCCACUGCUAACGGGUACAGCUGUGCGAUAGAUAAGCCACGGGAAACACGAAACCAUCUACAAAGUAUUCAGUAACAUCAGGCCGACAGCCAGC